AUGAAUAAUAAAUUUAUCGGCGAACAAGCUACGUUCAUUGUUGACAAAUAUUUGUCAGACAACAACUUCUCAUGCACCCGUCAGUGUUUUCGAAACGAAGUUUCUUUAUUUGCUCAUUCUCCCAUUCACGAGGCACCAAAGAAUCUGAUGACAUUGAAUGAGAUGUUAGAGGAAUAUAUCAGUUUAAAAGAGCAGAAGGAAACAAUGGAUAAAGAAAAGGCUAAUUUAGAACAUGCGAAAAAUCAAAUUCUAAUGCACAUGAAUACUUACAAUGUUAGUGGGCUCAUUCCUCCACCUGCUGCAAAAUCAACACUCACUCAUGUUCCUCAACCAGCAAUUAUUAGUAACAAAUCUCAUCCAGGUGUCUCUACUUCUGGGCAAAACAAAUUCAAUACACAGUUGCAACCUCCUUCGAGCAUUUCAAAUAUAUCUAGUAGAAAGAGAAAGGAUAUUUCAGAUAUGGAUGCUCCUUCAGCACCCAAACACCAUCAUACUUCAUCUGGUAGAAGAAUUCCCAUACAAGGUAUUAAUGUAACAAUGUCUUCUCAAAUUGAUACAAAUAUAUCUUCUAUGGAGAAUUCUUUUGUCGUGCCGUGCGAUGGAGAGGCCGUGACAACUAGUUGCAAUGCAAUAUCAUGCAAGAGAGUUAUGGCUAGUCCAACGAAACAAAUGGCUUCCAAGGAAACGAGUCAUUGCAUUUCUCCUGUCAUGACAAAUUCAGACAAGCCGAGUAAGAUCAGCGAUCAUGAGGCCGUGCCAACUAGUUACAAUGCAAUAUCAUGCAAGAGAGUUAUGGCCAGUCCUACUAAACAAAUGGCUUCCAAGGAAACGAGUCAUUGCAUUUCUCCUGUCAUGACAAAUUCAGACAAGCCGAGUAAGAGUGAUCAUGAAGAAAGUAUGCUGGGCAUUGAUUCUGCCGAUGUGCCUGAAAGCUUGAAAAAUCAGCUGUUCAAUGAGAUUUCUACACCUGCAUCCGAAAAUCAAUUCGACAAUUCUGCCUUUGAUGAUCAUUUAAACCUAGAUGAUCUUUUAAUCGUAGAUGAUCUUUUAAACGUAGAUGAUCUUUUUAACUCAGAUGAUGAUGACAUUUAUAAACUAAUUGACUUUUCAAGCUAG